AUGAGGUUCGUCGACUUUGCCCUCGACCUCGCGGCCGUCCUCAGCGCGUCCCGCUCCGUGGCGGCCAAGCACGUCGCCCUCCGGAGCCGGCAGCUCGAGCGCUUCAACCGCACAUCGAGCGUCGCGCAGGCGCUGAGGGAGAAGGGCCAGCAAGCCCAGGACUCUGCGGCGGCGGCGGCGGCGGCAGCGCAAAGCGAGGCUACGACACAGCAGGAUGCGGAGCCUACGGUGCAGGCGCAGCCCGGCGGCAGUCCACGGUCCGCGGUGGACGAGGCGCUAGAGUCCGAGUUUGACGGCGACGCCGCCGUGGCAUCCCAGCCCGAGACUCGAUCGGCUGCGGCUGCGGCUGCGGCUCCUGCCCCGUCUCUGGGCGCUGACGGUGCCUUAGACGGCCUAUAUCCCGCGCCGCCGCCCUCGUUCUCGAGGGCAGCAAAGCGCGCCCCCGAGGAUAGCGCCAUCCUGCGUGAACUCCGUCAGCGGCAGGCCGCAGCACCGGUUGAAACGAAAGCAGAUGUGGACGAGUCUACUGCUCCGCAAGCAAACGAGGCCAAGUCCACGCCUGAUGAGGAUUCUGAAGUGCCCGAAGGCAUCGAUAUCAACGUUUUCCGGACGAGUCGGGGCUCGCGGUUGAUCGAGCGAUUUGACAAGUCGAAGAAGGGAGACAAGGAAUUGUCGACCAAGUCAAGUGUUGGAUCUACAGCACUUUUCAAGGACGUUGAUCCUACUCUUGAAGCACGACCUUUGGUAUCAGCGGCUGCGCCCAAAGGAGUACCUCCGAGCAACGCCGAAACGGAGGUUGCUCCUGAUUUUACGGUGCCUCCUUCUCAGAUUCCAGAGUCCAGCGAAGUGCAAGCAUCAUUCACGCAGACUACCGAGACGCCAGUGGUGAAAUCAUCGAAUCCCGACAUUGAAAAGUCUGCCGAACCUGCCAAGGCGGCUGCCGAGCGGGGAGAAGCGCUUGGGAGCUCGACAACGUUCGUACCGCACCAAUUGAGAGAGUCAAAAGUACCUGCGACACGCUUGAGCCGGAUGUGGAAUUAUGGCGGUCUCGCUGCAGGCAUGCUGGGUGGUGCGCUCACGGAGAGCAUCAGUAGGGGAUUUGGUGGAGGUGGACAAGGCUCCGUGAUGCUGAGCCCGGCUAACAUGGAGAGGCUCGUCUCCAAGCUCUCCCGCAUGAGGGGCGCAGCAUUGAAGCUGGGCCAGAUGAUGAGCUUCCAAGACUCCAAGAUGCUCCCGGCGCCUAUUCAAGAGGUUCUGCAGCGGGUUCAGGACAGGGCAGACUAUAUGCCAGCUUGGCAGCGGGAUCGGGUCCUUAAAGAGAGUCUCGGAGCCGAGUGGAGGGAGCUGUUCGAUACGUUCGAAGACAAGCCCAUCGCAGCGGCUUCGAUCGGUCAAGUCCACCGCGCUACGCUGAAGUCGACCGGAGAGCAGGUUGCGGUCAAGAUCCAGUUCCCAGGAGUGGCUGACUCAAUCAACUCCGAUCUCGACAACCUGGGCAUCCUCCUUACCGCCACAAAACUUCUCCCAAGAGGUCUCUACCUGAACAAGACCAUUGACAACGCUCGGACUGAGCUCGGAUGGGAAUGUGACUAUAUUCGGGAGGCCGAGUGUGCUGAAAAGUACCGCGAAUACCUGAAGGACGAGCCAGAGACGUUUAUAGUCCCCAGGAUAUUCCCCGAGGCGUGCGGCAAGCACGUCCUCACCAUGGAGUACCUGGAGGGCAUCGGCGUCACGCGCGUCAAAUCCUUCACCCAGGAGCAGCGGGACUGGAUCGGCACGCAGAUCCUGCGGCUGUGCCUGCGCGAGAUCACGGAGUUCAAGUUCAUGCAGACGGACCCCAACUGGACCAACUUCAUGUACAAUGCCAAGACCAACAAGCUCGAGCUGCUGGACUUUGGCGCCUCCAGGGCGUACCCGGACGCCUUCAUCUCGCAGUACAUACAGCUCCUCAUGGCGGCUGCCAGGUCGGACCACGAAGGCGUCAAGGCCUGGUCCGAGAAGCUCGGCUAUCUCACCGGGCACGAGAGCAAGGUCAUGGUCGAGGCGCACGUGCAGUCGGUGCUGACGCUGGCUGAGCCCUUCCUUGGAUCGGCGCCAGAGCUGUAUGACUUCCAAGGGCAGACCAUCACAGAGCGCGUCAAGGCUCUGAUACCCGUCAUGAUCCGCGAGCGCCUCGCACCCCCACCCGAGGAGACGUACAGUUUGCACCGAAAGCUCAGCGGUGCGUUCCUUUUGUGUGCCAGGUUAGGGAGUCGGGUGCGGUGUAGAGACCUGUUCGAAGAGGCCAUCAAGAAGACGGAUCUCGUGCCAAGGUAG